UUUGAGUGCGGUUUCGACGCAAUAGCGCCAACAGCAAAAUCUAGUUGUUCGCCGUUUCGGAAUCAGAGGGAGAGAAGAAUCCUUUCCAAACGGCGCCGUAUUGUCAUUCACCCCUCUCUUUAAAAGGGGAACUCUAACACCAGAAGAGGCAAGAAUCCCAAUAAUCAAAUUCAAGAGAUUCCCAAACUUUUUUACUUUUUAUUCCCUUUUUCUCACUAUACAAUACAAAUACACAUUCAACAAUUUUCGAUUCAAGUUCAAAGCCAUCGACGAGUGUUGAGGAAGAAUAACAAUGGGAAUGAUAGUGGAUUUUGAAAAUGACCAAAACGACGCCGUUCUGGUUCCGCCCCCUAACUUCGCCAUGGUUGAAGACUGCGUUUUCCGAUCCAGCUUCCCCACCCCUUCCAAUUUCCCCUUUCUCCAAACCCUAAACCUUCGCUCCAUCAUAUACCUGUGCCCCGAGCCUUAUCCGGAAGAAAAUCUCGAGUUCCUCCGCUCGCAGAAUAUUCGCCUCUUUCAAUUUGGAAUUGAGGGGAAAACGGACGUUUCUAUGCCUGUUCUCAAGGAUUCUAUCAUGGAUGCACUGAAAGUUUUAAUUGAUGUGAGAAAUCACCCCAUUUUGGUUCAUUGCAAGCGAGGAAAGCAUAGAACAGGUUGCCUAGUUGGUUGCUUGCGAAAAUUACAGAACUGGUGUUUGUCCUCUGUGUUUGAGGAGUACCAACGAUUUGCUGGUGCUAAAUCCAGGACAACGGAUUUAACAUUCAUAGAAAUGUUUGAUGUUCUAAGUCUGAGUCAGUGCCUUUACAGCAUCAUCUACCAGUACCAUGGUUCAAAGAAGCGUCGGUUGUUGUAUAAAGAUGAAAACUUACAGAAGCCCCGACUGACAUCAUUUUAGCUGCCCCGGGAUUUUAUUCUUUUCCCCCUUUUAUUUUGUAGAACUCAUACUUAAUAUAGUUGCUCAGAUUCUUACAUCGUUAUUUUCAAAUUUCUUUCAAGACUACUACUGCUAAAGAAAAACAUAUGGUCCUGUCUUUUCCACCUUUCCUGUUACCCUUAUAAUUUUCAUUGUCUUACACCUUCACAAAUACUUUUGGUGCAACCAAUUAUUUUUAAUGGGUAUGCAUUAAUUGUGGGUGUUUUGAAGCCAUGUAUCUUCAAGCAAAUAAUAACAGUUCUUAGUAUAUAAGAAAAUUUGGAUCCGAUAUUUCCAAUGAUUGGAUCCGUCUGAUAUUUUCAUGAUCCUUCUCAAGUAACACAAGAAGGGGAUAAGUGCGAAUUUGGUAACGCAGCAUAAUGGAGGGAGCAACUUGGAUUGGUUUAGCGUUUGAAAUUUGAAUGUUGGAGGGUUGGAGUCUACUGUUUAUUGUCCAUAAGUGAAGAAAAGUCAGCAGAGCUUUAAGACGAUGGGACCAAUGUGUCAUCUUGACUUAUCCGAGAGAAAUUCGUGAAGAAAGAAAGUGUAUCAUUUUCCUUUGGAUUAAUAAGUUUGGUCUUGUGGAUAGAAAUGAAGGGCAAAGCACUUCAAAAUAAGGCUGUUUGGAUUGAUGUAAAAAGGAACAAUACUAUGUUCUAUUGUUUGAAUUGUUUACAAUAGAAUUUUACCUCGUAUUCAUAUUGCUC